UGAUCCAACAGAGUCAAACGAGGCCGAGCAGAGCCCGCGCGAAGAUGUGACCCCGAUCACACCCUCACCCUCACCGCAGGUUCUGACUCCCGAGGUCGCCAUCGAGCCGCUGUCGCCUUUGAAGGACGCGGGCGAAGAAGGCGCAGAUCCAAAGUCGCUUGUCGGGGUCCAUUCUCCUUCGCCAACGACCAUGGCCCCGCGAGAAAACCAAACCUCGAUCGUCAAUCCGAGCCUCUUUUCGCGACUGGCCGACGGGGGUGUGAUCAAGUGCCGACUGUACCGCAAAACCAAUCUGCUCGAGAAGGCGUAUCCAACCUUCUAUCUCCACAACGAGACCGACGACGCCUUCAUUCUUGCCGCCCGGAAGCGCAAAAAGUCCAAAUACGUCAACUACUUGAUCUCGACCAGCCCAGACGACCUGUCCAAGGACUCGAAGCACUAUGUGGCCAAACUCAAAGCAAACUUUCAGAGAACGACCUUUGUCCUGAUGGACGCACGAGGAUACCAGAAGGGGACGGAGAACAAGGGACUGAAGGAGCUUGCUUGUGUCAACUACAGCAAGUCGGCUCUUCCCAGAGAGAUGAAAGUCUCGAUUCCAUCCCUCACGAUCGACCCUGAGACCGAGGACGUUUCCAAGGACAUCCUGGCCGACACCGAGGCUGGAAACACAAGCCGCCUCCAAUUUCUGAGAAACAAGACCCCUCGGUGGAACGAAGCCACCCAGAGCCACUGUCUUAACUUUGGUGGGCGGGUGACGAUGCCGAGCAUCAAGAACUUUCAGCUGAUCCGAGACGGCGAUGACACCAACAUCAUCAUGCAGUUUGGACGAUGCGGGCCAGACAACUUCACUCUCGAUGCUCGGUACCCACUCACGGUCGUUGAGGCCUUUGCCAUUGCCUUGACCACCUUUGAUGCCUAUGACAGCACCUGAAUACAUGGACGGCGGCCCCGUUAGCAGC